AUGUACGACCGAGCCCCUCGGGAGAUAACGCUGGCCAAUGCCACCAGCACCGACGUCCACGUGGGGCCGGGCUCCUACCAGGUGCCUUUCCAGAAGUACGAAGUGUCAGAUGGCUAUGCUCCAUUUCUUUCUUUGGCAGCCCGAGAAAGUGCUCUUGUCACCACAGUCUCUGAGGAUGAUGCCCCAGGACCAGCCCACUACAAUAUUGGAAAGAUAAAGUACAAUAUAAAGGGAGGCCUAAGUCUGAAAAACAGAGAAGUACGUUUUAAGAAGCUUAUUUCAGAUAAUCCAGGACCUGGAACCUAUUAUCAGCCUUGUGCUGGAGCCCUGGGGAUAAUAAAUUGGAAGCUGAGGGAUGAUAAACAACACUGUUAUUCGAAAACUCCAAAAAGAUUUAAAAUCUUCAGAAAUGUGGAUGUACCUUCUAUUCCAUCCCCUGGACAGUCACAUGGUUAUCAUAUAAAAGAUGACGGCUCAGUAUUAAAACAAAGUCCACCUAUUGUUGAUAAAACACUGGGUCCAGCAUUCUACAAACCAUUGUUUGAUGCUUCUGAUUCAACUUUGAAAUACAAAGGAGUACAUUUUGGCCACUUGUCAGGGAGACGAGAUUUACCAAUACUGGGAGGGCCUGGGCCCGGGGAGUAUGAUAUACUUCAGGAAAGUACACUGCAUUAUGAGAAUGUUAAUAUCAAGAAAGAAGAUAAACUAAAGAGUUGUCCUUUUCUCCCACGAUAUCAUGAAGUAAUAGUACUACAGGAAGAAAAAAGGGGAGUACCAGGACCUGGGAGUUAUGACAUUAAAAGUCAGUUUGGAAAGCUUGAGGGUGAGACAUCAAGUGUAAAUGAAGCACACCCUGCUUUUCUUUCACAAUGCCAGAGAUUUGUACCUGUGAAAUCAAUUACUCCAGCUCCUGGUACAUAUAAUGACCAUCGAACGGCUCUCGAGACCUUGAAAAAAUCACCAGGACCAAAAAACAUUCCUUUUGGUCGAACUACUGUUCGCUUCACACGGGAUUAUUGUCUAGAGGAAACCCCAGGUCCUGCGUGCUAUGAUGUUUUUAAAAAAAGUGCUUCAUUAGAUGCUUUAAAAAAUGAUUAUAUGCAGAAAACAAAGAAAAGUGCAUUUGGAUCUUCUGCUCCUCGAAAAUUCCAGUUUACUAAAGAAGACAAUUAUGCAGUUCCUGGGCCAGCUGAUUAUCAGAUUACAGAGAGGCCUGAGGAGCCAUGGAAGAUGAUAAGUAAGGAUUCAGUUGCCUUCCUGUCAAAAGUUGAAAGAGAAAGUAAAUUGCUAGCUACGGAUGUUCCACCACCAGGCCACUAUGAUGUUCAAAAAUCAUUUGAGAAAUCAUAUGGCAAACCUAAAUACAUGCCGCCUCGCACUUGCAUGGCCAGAAAGAAGCAUAACUCUUUCCUUAGUUCAGCUCCUAGGAGUUUAGAGAUAAAGAAAGAUGGGCCAGGACCUGCUUCAUACAAUCCAAUUUUCAAGACAUCUCCAAAACUGUCCUUGUUUCUUAAAAAAGAAAAGCGCUUUGUAGAACCUAAGGAUAUCACUCCUGGACCUGGAACUUAUAAGCUAAGUCCAAUCUUCAGAGACACUAUGCUGAAAGGGACCUUUAACGCUACCCUAAAGAAUCCUUUACUGUGCGAGGAGGAGAACAUCUCUACGGAUCACAAAGCCAAAAUGCAGUUCCAGCUGGGAAGCAAACCUGCAAUUUUAAAAUGACAUGUUCCAAGCUUGUCCUAUCUAUUACUAGAAGCAAACUGAAAGUUCUUUUUAGAAAGUCUUUUAAUUUUGAUGACGUUCUCCAUCAGCUGUUCAAAGAAACAUAAUUGCUCUUCUAACCUUGAGAUGGAAACUCUGUUCUUUCAAGAGAUCUAAUUCUUUCCUCUCUCUGAAUUUUUCCUAUUACAGAAGUAACACAGAUAUCUAUUUCCGUCUGUCU